AUGAACAGACUCAAUUUAGCAGGAUAGAAUAUUUUAUCUAAUCCUGAUUAUAAUCAUUUUAAAGAAAUAAAAAAACCUGUUUCUAAUUAAGAUACCCCUACAUCUUAAUCUCAAUAUUCUUAUAAUUAGAAAUAUCAAAAUUAAAGCUCUCUUACCAAUGGAUUAGAAACUACUUUUACUUCAAUAGCAAAUUAAUAAACUCCAAUGAGUUAUAGGCAUGCUGAUUAAUUUGAAUAGCUUAAAACUUAAAGGCUUUCUCAGAUAGUUAAUGGAAAGUAGAUGCUUUCUCCUAUUCCUAUGAGUAAAAAAUAAUAGAUGGAUUAAACUGCUAGCAGUAACAUGAGUGGAUUAAAUUCUUCGUAUUUACCUUCAAUAGCGUCUUAAACAGGCUCUAAUAAUUUAGCUUUAAGCAGCUUAAAUAGAACAGAACGUAAUUACUUUUAGCAACUGAAUAGUAAUUUAUUGUAAUAAGACAGCUUUUAAGAUUAAAAAGACUAUAGCAUGUCGAAUACAUAAUAGAGGUUUAUAUAUAGCAGAAAUGGUAGUGAAAAGACUCUUUCUAACAAUACUUUCUACCCUUAGUUUAACUAGCAGAAUUAGAGUAUUUUUACAGUGAAUACAAAGUAAAAUCUAGAUAGUAUUCUCAUGGAAUCUAAGAUUUAAAGUCAUCCUAUCUCUACAAAGUAUAAAGUGAGAUCGUGCGUUAAUAUAAAAAGCAGUACAAAGAAUGUUCAUGGAGAUCUUACUUUUUAAUCUUAAGUUCAAGCAGUUAAUGAAUAAAUUAUGUAAUCUCCUAAACCAAGAGACGAAUAGAUUUAAAAGAAAAACUUCGUAGACAGUUCUUUGCUUCAAAAUAACAACAUUACACCUAUUUCUAAUAGAAGAGAACACAAAAUUCAUUCAUCAAUUAAUAUUUUAGACGUUUAGUCUACAUCUUCUAUUAUGAAUCCUAACACCUCUUCAGUAUCGAAUUUAAAACAGAUUUUUGAUAAGAAAGAUAUUUUAAAUUAUGAUAACGAAAUAUUAAUUUAAAACAAACUUAAUUUUACUUAAGCAAAAGAUUCUUCAAAAAUUUUAAAUGCAAGUAUUUAAACUGACCGUUGCUCAUAAAUUUUUUAAUAAGUUUCUAACCUAAAAAAUACUCUUGAUUAACAACAGUCAUCUUCUUUAUCUUCUGCCACUCUUAAAAAUGUUUUUUAUUAGCAACUAGCCACUAACUCUCAUAUCGUUUAAAAUAGAAAAGAAGAUAAGUUACAAAAACUCAAUUACAACAACUCUACUAAUAUAAUGCAAAAUGAGUAUAAUAAUACUUCUGAUAUUUAGUCAAUUAUCUACAAAGAAAACGAUAAGAAAAAAAUAAUUUAUUCAAGGUAAAAUUCAAAUGAUGAUAGUGAUGAGGAUCGUAGAAUGUAUAACGAGCUAUUAGAAUUGAGUCCAUUACCAAAAUCAAGAAAAUUAGACCAAUAAGAUACAAAAAAUUAAUUACUUAUAAAAAUGUGCAAAGUAGAUAACCCAGUAAAGGCAGAAUAAAAUGAGAACAAUAAUAAAAAUGAAAUAUCAAAUUUAGAAAAUACUACUAAAAAUUCAAAACCUAAAUCAGAGGUUUCUGUUACCUCUGAAAGAAACAUAAGAAAAUUAUCAGCUUAAGAAUAAAUAAAUAUCACUUAAAAAAAUAAUGCUGCUGUUCAUGGAUCAAAAUCUUCUAUAAAUAUAAAAUCAAUACCUAAAAAAGAGUCUUAAUAUUUAAAUGAAUAUUCACUCUUAGAAUAAGCUUAAACUACAAACAACUUUGCUAUUGAUUAUAAAAAAAUAGAUCAUAUAGUUGAUGAAGCCAAGCAUUUCAAUGAUAAAAUGGAUAUAGGAUAAGCCAUGCUAUCAACAACUAUUACAAAAAAUGUACUACCUCGUAAACUUGGAAUAGUGGCUAAUUUAAAUACCAAUAAAAAGAGCAUAAAUGAUGCAAUUAAAAAGAGGAAAAAACGUUAAUCGUUUGAUGCUAAUGGAAGUCCAUUAAAGUAGGAGGAAAAAGGAGAAUUACCUGCCUUGUUAGCCUCUCAAGUGAAAGGCAAAAGAGUUUCAGAAUUUAUGUAUAAUACAAAUAAUGACUCUUCUCUAGAUGAAUAAUAAUAAAGUAUUAUAAAUUAAUAAGUUAAAAUUUUUACACCAAUAAGUUAAAAAGAAAAUAAAUCAUUCACACCAUAAAAUUAUGGUAAACAAGUAUAGGCAGCAACAAUUAAAAGAAAUGCUUCAUUAAGUCAGCACUUAAAGAAAGCCCCUAGCAAUUUAGUUAGUCAUAAAAACGGGCUUACUGAAAAUGAAAAUAAAAAACCAUUUGAUAAAGUUGCUUUUUAAGACAGCAAUGAAAUAGCAAAAUAUCUUUAAAAAAAUAUGAUUUCCUCUGAAAGUUAGAACGAUGAAGAAAAUAAUCAAGAAGAAAAGUAAAAUCUCAAUCUCUCGAGACUGUAGAUCAGUAAGACGUAUUGUGAAAUGUUAGCUUAAGCUUUGAAGCAUCCUGAUUUUGAGAAUUUGAAUUUUCUCAAUUUGUAAGAUAACAACUUAACAGGUUCGGCUUUGUCAUUAAUUUCACAAAAUCUACCUAAGCAUUUGAGAAAAAUAGAUUUAUCUAACAACUUCUUAAAUAACAAUGAUAAUAUUGCAAUUUGUAACAUUCUGUAUAGCAAAUAGUACCCAAGUUUAAUUUAUCUUAACUUAUCUAAUAAUUUGUUAGCGGAUAUAGGUUUGAAAUCUAUUUCAGCUAGCUUAUAAAGAAACUCAACUCUUUAGCAACUCAACUUAAGUCAUAACAAAUUAACAGAUCUUUCAAGUCCUUAUUUAAAAGAGAUUUUAUUACAAAAUAGUGGAAUAUAAGAGCUAUAUUUAAGCUGGAAUAAGCUGAGCUCUAAAAGUGGUUUUGAUAUAUCCAUUGGUUUAAGUAAUAAUGUUAACAUUAGGGUAUUAGAUUUAAGUCAUAACAGCUUAGGAUAAAAUCCAAAUUUGCAUUGUGGAAAAAAGCUUAUUGAAAGCUGCACUAAAUUAGAAUCUGGCCUAAUACAUUUUGAUCUUUCUUACAAUCUUUUUACAAAGGAAGAAUGCAAAUAAAUAGCAGAGGCCUUAACAAAAAAUUAAAAACUUUAUGGCUUCCACUUUGAAGGCAAUGAAUCGCAUGCAACCGUAGAUUCUAAAGGAUUUUUAUAUUUUCCAAAUGAAGAAGAAAUUUUAUAAAAGCAUGUUUCUACUCAUACUUUAAUGAGGAGAGAUAUAAAUUCAGUGAAGUGUCUAGGAUAAAAUAAAUUGUAAAAUUUUAAUUGUAACGUAACUGAUAAUUGCUGGAUAUGUGAUGGUUGGUAAGAAAUUGAAUUUUAAAUUUCUGAAGGAAGCAGUGAUGUUUUUUAGAGUGAACCUGCUUUUUUGCAUUUAGAUUUUGAAGAUUUUUAACCUAUGUAUAUGGACCGUGACCCUGAAAAUCCAACAAGAUAUUUUUUGAGAAGAAUGUGUCCUCCUAACAGGAGAAUUUUGUUCUUCUUUACUAAUCCAUGUACAAAGUUGUUAUUCGAAUCCAACGAUUAUGAAAAAAUAGAUUUCCAUGUAAAUGAUUAAAAUCUCGCAAUUUAUGAUGACGAUGAUGAUACAACUUAAUAAAGCGAAAACACCUUUUCUGCUCAUCAUUUACAGAACAGUAAACAGAGAAAAUUUAAUGUUAAAUACUUAGAUGGUACUGUGAUGGAGUAUAUAGUUCCUACAACAGUAAACGUGAUAAGCACUAAACUUCAUUAAAAUAUUUAAAAGAAAAAAGGAGAUUAUGAAAUUCAAAUAAAAUGUUUACCUAGAUAAGAAGAAACUUACUAUAAAAUAAACUAUACUAAUCAAUGGCAUAGAGGUAUAUCUCUAUUUAAAUCGUUCAUACCUGACAAUCCUGAGUUAGAGUAAAAGUGCUUUGAAGAUGAUUGGAAUAACUCAAAAUUAUAAAAUAUAUUUUAGCAAGCUGAUAAAACUGCUAAUCUUAGUGAGUGUAAACGAAUUAUUUUAGAUUAAUACCCUAAAAUAAGAGUUUUAUACAGAUAUCUCUCGUGCUUUGGAAUUAUUAAUGAUGUAUUUUGUGUUACAUUAAGUGCUUUUGCUCACUUUGCUUAAGAAAGCAAGAUAAUUGAUAACAAUUUAAUGAGGAUGAGAGAUGUAGAAUGUAUUUUUAUAGCAGCAAGCUCAAAAGCUCUCAAAGUUAAAAACUAUAGGGCACCUGAAAAAACAGUUAUAAGAAGUGAAUUUGUAGAAUUGAUGGGAAGGUUAGCAUUAGAUAAAUUUAUUCGUACUAAGGUAGCCAAAACACCCUCUGAAGCACUUAAUCUUCUCUUGAAUAAUUAGAAAUUCUUGUAAUAUACAGCUGAAUACGAAGAUCCUUAGUAAUGGCGUAAUAUUAGAUUUUGGACCAAGCAAUGUGAUGAAAUGAUGAAAAGAUAUAUCAAUUUUAUCAAAACUCUAUGGAAUGAAUAUUCUGAUUCUAGAAAAUCUGAGAAAAGAGGUGCACCUUCGAAUUAAAAGACGAUGAGUUUGCAAGAAUUCUAAGAUAUGGUUGAAGAAUUCCAUCUAAAGGAUAGCUUAUUAACAGAAAGAGAUGUUGUGCUUAGUUAUAAUCUUUCUCUCUAAACUUUACAAGAUGAGAUAAAUAGUGAAAAAUAUAUGGCUAUGAAUUUUGUAGAAUUUUUAGAAGGACUUGCUCGUCUAGCCGAAUUUAAGUCAAGAACUCCAGUUGGAGAAAGAGAUGAAGCAUACAAAGAUAGCGAAAAAAUACAAAUACGUUUAGAGUACAAAAUAGAAAGCUUAUUAGAGUGUAUGAGUAUAAAGUAUUAAGAUGUCAUGAAAACCAAACGCAAAAAGUAGAUGAUCAUGCUAUAAAAGCAGCUUUUGUAAAGAAGUGGUUCAAGACUUUUAUCUCUUAAAGUGAAAAAAUCAUUUAUUUAGUUCAGUUAAACUGAGCUAGGAGAAUAAACCCCAAGCAAUAAAUUUGCAAGUACAGUUUAAAGAGUUGUAAACACUAUGAGUGUAAUUAAUGCAUUUAAGUCAAAAGUAUAAGAUACGAGCUUGAGCAGUUCUGAAAUUCUUGAUGAAGAAAAUAAUUAGCAAUUUACUAAGAAUAGUUUUCUUUCUAUCGCCUCUUAACCUGAGAUAAAUAAAAUGAAUAGUAGAUAACUUUAAAGGAUAGAUUCAGAAAUGGACGAGUUUGAAGAUGAAGAACACUCAUUUACUUUAAGUAAUAAAAAAUAAAAAAAUUAAUAAAAAAUGAAGUAAUAAAACGAAGAAUCUUAACCUGUAUCUUUAAAGAAUAUUGAAGAAAACAAUUGA